AUGGCUGCGGAGGACCGGCCAGUACAUGAGUUUCGCGUCCCAGAGCGACUGGUAAAAGACACCGCGGACCUGGAAACUUGGAAAAAGUCGCAAGCCUACCAGGACUUUACCGGGUUUAUCUACAUUCUCAACGAGGCCGUCAAAGGAAAGAAGAACAAUGAUUCAAUCAUCGAUAAGUUGACUGGUGUGUUGGACAUGUACAUGAAGUUCAUUGAUGAAACUCCGCCCCUCGAGCAGCCGGAGCGGUUCGGCAACAAGGCUUACCGCCUGUGGUCCGAUAGAGUUAGAGACUCUUCAGAAGAAGUUAUAAAGUCACUACUACCAGCAGACCUGCAUGGAGCGGUCGAGGAGCUGCAGCCCUACCUAUUACAGGGGUUUGGGAACGCCAUUAGAAUCGACUACGGUACUGGUCACGAAAUGAAGUUUGCUGCAUUCCUCUGCUGCCUGAUGAAGAUGAAGGUCAUCCCGCAGGACUGCGCCGCCGCACUCGUACUCCACGUCAUCAGAAGUCAUGUGUGUGUCCUGCAGCCCACACAGCCUUCUGUGGAAAGUCAGACUGAACUAACUCCACUGUCAUUUGUCGAGGAGACACUCGUCAACCAAAACGCCUCUGACUACAUGUUCAUGAGCUGCGUUGCAUACAUCAACAAGGUGAAAACCGGACCGUUUGCCGAACACUCUAAUUCUCUCUGGGGUAUCAGCUCUGUGGCAGAAUGGACAAAGGUUAAUUCUGGCCUCAUCAAGAUGUACAAAGCAGAGGUCCUGGGCAAGUUCCCUGUUAUCCAACACUUCCCAUUUGGAACAAUUCUCAGUUUUGAGGGCCAAAUCUGAGUAUUCUAUAUAGUGCCCACCUAUUCAAACUGGCCUUGUACUUACUGUGUGGAUUUAUCACUGUUUCAUGGUUGCUUCACUUUGCCAGUAUGAAAUUCACAAAUUUUUAUCUUUUUGGCAAUGAUAAUUUAGAGACAUAUAUACACAUAGAGAAACACACAGAGGAGAGAGAAUAAGGGAUUUACAGAUGAAGAUGAGCAUGGACCUGUCUAUUCAUUGAGAAGAGGAAAAGGAAGGAAGAAGGGGGUUGAUUACAGAGGGAUGGGAGAGAAGAGAAGGCAGAUUAAAAACACAGACUAUAGGCACGCAUACAGAGGAAAAAGAUGAGUUGGCAGUGGACAAGUGAUAGGAGCGAGGCUGGCUGGCUUUUGUAGUUUAGAAGGCCAAGAUUGGGCUGAACUUCACGGCUGGUGCCUGAAAGUGAGCGGCGAAGUGAUUAUCGGCGUGGUAGACUGGCUUUUCUUCGCCGUCUUUCGCCGCCACCGCUCUCCGCGGUUGAGGAUGUUCGUCGGCGGGACGCGGCGGCGAGAAAGACGACGGCCAGUCGGUAGUGGAGGGGUUACUGGGUUCUGUGAAUCCCUUGCCAAACAUAUACGUGAUGAGAGGGGCGGAUUGUAGAUUCCUGGGUGAGAGGUAGCCGCAGAAUCCAGGGAGGCUUUCUAGCGGACACCCUUCCGGAGGCGAAGACUUGAACCGCUUCGUGUCCUCGUAGAGAAGGCCCUCGCAAAGGAGCGAGUUCUCUUUCUCGUCGUGCGGAAAGGCCUCUUGGUGGUGCCGCUUCCCCGGAGACAGCGGAGCGCUGCCGCUCUCGUCCUCCGCGGAGCGAGAGUCUGACGUCCAGCGCCAGGUGUUGUCGAACUCUGCGUUCAUGUCGAAUCUCCAGGCGCUCCAUUCCCCGCCGCUGCCGCCGCCGCCAUUACUGCUGCUGUUAGAUAGGUCCGAGAGGAACCGACUGGGUCUCGAGGGAGAUAGAGGCGAAGUCCAGGUCUUGUUCAAGUUAUGGUGGUUGUGUUUGCCAGACGGCGCCGUGUCAGAGUCUGAGAGAAUGUUACUCAGAACUGAGUUGACGCUCUCGAAGUCCAUACUUUCUUCCCCGAAGCUCUCCACCCGGGAUACAUUAGAGGUGGAUACUAUGGGGCUUAGUUCUCUGGCUGAUGCCUUGGGCGUCGUUCUGACAGACGCCGUGGGCACUGGCUGGGGAUGGGGAUCGUCUUCGAAGCAAGAACUAGACGACGUCUCAACUUUCUUGGUGAUACUGGCCAGGAGCUUCGAGGAAGUGCUGCGCCGGGUCGGGGUCUGUAAGGAGGCCGAGUGGAGGAGAGAGUAGGUAGCCGAGGUAGCAAUGUUCUGCGCCUUGUUCAACACUUUAGAGAUCAUGAGAGUCUGUCUGAGAGGUAGUUCGCCACCCUUGUGUAGACAGCCAAGCUUUGUCACGGACACCUCCACAAGUCUGUUGGCUUCGAACAGUCCGUCCAUCUUUGUCGUCGGGACUAUUGUGCAAAGUUUUUCGUCGUGUUUGUAUACACGAGGCAACUUUUGUCGUCCUCUCUGCCGUUCCUUUUAUAACGGUUUGGCUUUGAGAGGGUGACGACUGCACAACGUGGCAACCAAGUUUACCUUUUUUGGAAACUAAUCUCGGCAAUACCCAUUACGUAAUCCGCUAU